CAAAUAUGAAGAAUAUGGAGUGUUGGAUAAGAGUGGUGGUAAGUAUGUGGGUGUUGCUAAAUGGGUUGGGUUGGACUCAUGGGUGUGUGGACCAAGAGAGGGAGGCUCUCUUACAACUGAAACCUUUCUUUUAUACCUUAAAUUGGCCAGAGAGUAGUAAUUCUUCAGAAUGUUGUGAGUGGGAAAGGGUGGAGUGCAAUGCAACUACUGGAAGAGUAACCAAGCUCUCUCUUUCUACUAUAGCAAGGGAGACAUGGCAUCUCAAUGUGUCUUAUUUUCUUCCCUUUGAACAACUCACAAGUCUCGACUUGAGCGGCAAUUAUGUGCAGGGUCGUGAGGGGAAUCAAGGAUUUGAAAUAUUGUGGUCGAGGUUGAGGAAGCUGGAGGUCCUUGACUUACGUGCGAAUAAUUUCAAUGAGAGCAUUAUAUCGUCUUUGAGUGGGUUUGCUUCUCUCAAGUCUCUUUAUCUAAAUGAAAAUAAAAUGGGAACAACCUCAGAUACAACCGGUUUUGAAAGUCUGUGGAAGUUAAGGAACUUAGAGCUUCUUGAUUUGAGCAUUAACUACUAUAACAACAGCAUCUUGUCAUCCUUACGUGGUCUUUCUUCUUUAAAAGAUUUAAAUCUUGCGGAGAAUCAAUUAAGUGGAACAAUUAAUGCCCAAGAUUUAAAUAAUAUCCUCAACUUGAAGAGGUUGGAUAUGCAUUUAAAUGAGAUUACAGGCUUUGAAUCAUUUAAAGGUGAUCUGGAGUUCCUUGAUUUGAUGGGAAAUCGCUUCAAUAAUAGUGUUUUUGCAUCCCUCAAUGGACUUUCACAUCUGAAAUCUCUAAAUUUGUCCGAAAAUCAAUUGACAGGAUCAAUACACCUUGAAGAGUUGGCAAGUUUGAGUAACUUGGAGGAGCUAACCAUUAGCGGCAACAGUAACAUUGAAGAGAUUAUGGGACCUGAAGACAAAACAACCUUGAACAAGUUAAAGGUGCUUGGUCUGGCAUUUCUCCAAACCAAUGGUAAAGGCAGUGUGCUAAAAUCAUUAGGGCCAUUAUCAGCUCUUAAGACGAUUGAUCUUCGAGGAAAUAUUUUGAAUGAAACAAAUACGUUUGAAGAGUUGUUUAAUUUGAGUACGCUGGAAAAUCUGUUUCUGGAUGAAUCUAUCAUCCACAAAGAUUUUCUCCAAAAUCAUGUUGCGGCUUGCACUUCUCUCAAGGUUCUUCAUUUGAGUCGUUGUGGUCUCAAAGGCACCCUACCCAAUCGAGGGUGGUGUGAGUUAAAAAACUUGGAGGAGCUUGAUCUUGGUGACAAUGAAUUUGAAGGAGCACUUCCAUCAUGUAUGGCAAACAUGUCAUCUCUUCACACUUUGCGUCUCACUCGCAAUCAAUUCACUGGAAAUCUUGCUUCCGGUCCUAUACCCAAACUCAAGUCUAUCGAAUCUCUCUUACUCGGAUAUAAUCACUUUCAAGUAUCCCUCGAGUCAUUCGCAAACCACUCAAGCCUAAAAAAUCUCAUGGCCAAUGAUAACGAAUUGAUUGAAGAAGUUGCCUCUUAUUCUUGGACUCCAAAAUUACAACUAGAGGUAUUGAGUUUGUCACAUUGCAGACCAAAAACUCCAAAGGCAAGUUCCCUCAACUUCUUAUACCAUCAAUUCAACUUGGGAUAUCUUGAUCUUUCUGGUUCAAAGUUUGGUGGAGCAUUCCCUAGUUGGUUGUUUGAGAACAACACAAGAUUAGAACAGAUUUACUUGGGGGAUAACUCAUUCGUGGGCUCAUUUCAAUUGCCAUUACAUCCUAAUCUAAAUGUGUCUGUGAUAGAUGUAUCCUACAACAAGUUAGGGGGUCACAUUCCAUCAAACUUAUCCUUUAUUUUUCCAAACCUAUUGCUUUUCAAUAUAUCUAUGAAUUCCUUUCAAGGUAUCAUCCCUCCAAGUUUGGGAAACAUAAAUUCCUUGGAAUUUAUGGAUUUAUCAAACAAUCAACUUUCGGGAGAAAUAAAAGAGCAAUUUGCUAACACUCCGUUGCAGCUCAUCAAACUCUCGAACAACAAUUUUUCUGGUCGCAUUCCUGACUUGUUUGACCCUAUUCGUUUGCACGUUUUAUUGUUGGGUGGCAAUAACUUUGUCGGGGAGAUACCUGAUCUCUCAUCAUUCAUAUAUUUGAUGACAUUGGAUAUCAGCAGUAACUCUCUGUCAGGCAUGCUUCCGAGUUGGAUAGCCAAUAUGUCAGAUUUGCGCAUAAUAUCCCUGUCUGGCAAUCAAUUUGAGGGUUCUAUUCCGUUAGAAUUCUGCAAACUUUAUGAGCUUCAAUUCUUGGGUCUUUCUAGUAAUGAUUUAUCUGGCUCUAUACCACCUUGUUUCAGUGAAUUGACAAAUUUAGAGUAUGUCCUUUUGAGUAGAAACAAGUUCGGAGGCCCCAUUCCACAUGCUUUAAUUAAUGUUACUGGUUUGCGCAAUCUAGAUCUUGGAGGUAACAACUUCAGCGGAACAAUACCAAAUUGGAUUGGUAACUUCUCUAGUUUGACUAUUCUUCUUUUGCAAGCUAAUAAUCUCCAUGGCAAUAUUCCCAUUGAGUUAUGCCAAUUGAAACAGUUAAACAUAUUGGCUCUUUCCUCGAAUAAUUUGUCUGGACGCUUACAUGCUUGCUUAAGUAAUUUGUCGUCGAUAACACCGAGUCGCGUCUCUAUUCAAGCAUAUUUGAAGAUUUCUUAUAUCAACUCUCUUCCCAAUUUCGAAGACUCUACUUCUGAUUUUGGUCAUCUCAUUUUUCCUAUACAAGAAGCUUUGGAGUUAGCAACAAAGGGCAACUCACUUUCUUACAUAGGAUUCAAUCUUGAUCACAUGUAUGCAAUCGAUCUCUCUUGCAAUCGAUUCUUUGGAGAAAUUCCCCCUGAAUUCGGAAAUUUGAGCAAUGUGAGAGCCUUAAAUUUGUCUCACAACAAUCUAAGUGGGUCAAUCCCUGCAUCGUUUUCGAAACUGAAGCAGUUAGAAAGUUUAGAUCUUUCUUAUAAUGACCUGAGUGGUCAAAUUCCCCCUCAGUUGACCGAGAUAUACACUUUGGCAGUGUUUAGCGUAGCACAUAAUGAUUUAUCAGGUCCAGUUCCUGAUUUCAAAGCUCAAUUCGGGACAUUCAACGAAAGUUGUUACGAGGGAAAUCCUCUUCUUUGUGGACCUCCAAUGAACAACAGUUGUGAUGAGACUCAUUUUGCCCCACCACCUUUGAAAGAAGAAAGCGAGGAUGAUGGGUUCAUGGACAUGACUUUUUUUUGGGUGACCUUUGUGGUGACUUAUACCGUGGCACUAUUUGGUGUAGCAUCAGUCUUGUACAUAAAUUCAAAUUGGCGACAUGCAUGGUUUUACCGCAUUGAUGUAUGCUUCCAUACUUGCUACUACUUUCUGUUGGACAGGUUCCAAUAAGUUGUAAACAUAUAGAAUAAGUUGGUUUACACCAUCUUUUGACAAUAUUGAACUUUAGUAGCUAGUAUGUGUUCCUUGCAAGCAGAGAUCAAUACUUAAUGCAAAUAAACCUAUAUGCCUUCUUAAUUGGUUGUCUGGUGAUGGUGAAAUCGAUUUAGGUUCGAUCCAAAACAAGUUUCUUUCGAUGAUGGUAAUUGCGACAAUUGUCAGCGCAACUUUUCUUCAAAAAAUUGCUAACCGAGAAGCUUUAGAUCCGCACAGCAUCACCGACGAAGAGAGUAUCCGCCCAACAAUUGACCACCUUCUCUUGUUUCGCUAACUUGUUUGUGAGGAUUUGGAUCACAUUCAUUGCCCAGAAUAGCUAGAUAGAGUUGUUAGAAAACUGUUGUGUCAAUCAUGCACCCAAUAAGCUGAGAAAGAACGCACAUUUCAGACAUCAAUUGCUAUAUACAUAUAUAAGGAAUUCUUCUAUAUAAACCAAAAAGUGCGGACAAACUUCGUGGACAAAAAUCCAAAUAUUGCAAUAAAGCAUCCGUCACAUCUAUGAUUGAAAAACAAAUCCACAAAGUUGAUUCACACUUUUGGUUCAUAUAAGAAAAUUUAUGUGUAUAUAUAUAUAUAUAAUUAAAGGAAAACUUGAGAAGGGGCAAUAGAUAGAUUAAUUGUUACUACCACUUAAAAAUAGAAAUUUGUAUUAUCAGAAUGAAAACGAAUACAGAAAGUGCACACCUGCCAAUUUACAAAUUGCAUCUUCCCACAUUUUAGUCCUACACCGGGCAUACUCAAUACUUUUGUCUUCAAAACAGUGCCAGAAAUUUCAAAGCAUCCUGUCACCUCCAGUUAUGGAUCAGAGACAUAUUCCAUUUGAAGGAAAAUAUGACAUUCGCUCCGUCCACAUACACAUUCACACGCACAGGAGAGAACUAUCUAUUACUUCUAUCUUAUUGUUUUCAAGGAUAACUAAUUACUAGUUGAGGCCAUAACCAAAACUAAUUACUAGUUGAAGCCAUAACCAAAACUAAUACUUACUUGAAGAAAAGAGAACAGGCCACCAUGUGUGGGCGGUUCGGGGACACCGGCCGGUGUUCGACGGACCGGCAGGCCCACCCUACCAAGACAGCGGGCCACCAUGUGGGCUGUGUCAAGAAGGGCCGGCCCACAUUACACCUCUAACUAGUAGAAAGAAACAGAUUGUCAAAAAUGG